CGGCCCUCCUCGCCUCUAGGCAAGCCGUACGUUCAAAUUUCGUUGACUAUUAAUAUCUGGAUUAAUGCUUUUGACUGUUUGGACACACGCCUCAACAUGCCAUUUUUCUGUUUAAGAAUGAAUAAGACCUCUGAAAUUUUUCUGAUGUUUGUUAACUAAAUUUUUUACAUCGCAAGCUUCUUAAAAAUCGUUUAUCAUCCUGCUUAAGAUUUUUGCACCCCAUCGCAUGAUGACAUCCUCGCCAGUAUCCUCUCUAUAUUUCAACACUCCCACAUCAGCCACCGAGUCACCAGGUUAUUUCAAACAACUCAUUUCGAUCAAAGAUCUUAAACUGAAGAAACUUAAGGAGCUGUACGAGCAAGAAGUCACUGAGAAGUGUGAGCUCUAUGAAGAUGUCACAAAAAUUAAGAAAGAAAUUCAAUUUCUACGGUGUGAAAACAAGGAGAAAUCCAACACCAUACGUCAGUUGAGUGAAACAAUCCACAUCCUGGAGGCGCAACAAAAUGAUCUUAAUGAAGAUGAAAAAAUUAAGAUUGAGAAUUCUCUCAAGAGGAAACAUUCCUCGGAGCUCAAACUCCUUGAGGAAAAAUUCGAUCAAUGCUUAAAGGAGCGAAACCAGUUUGAAGAAUGGAAAACAAAAAAUGAGACUCAGAUAAAAAUACUUACAAAGAACCUACACCUCCGAGCGGUUGAAGUUGAAGAACUACUUGGGGUGAAAGAAACCCUAACAUCUACUUUAGCUGAAUGUCACAAUGAAAUCAUGUGUUUAAGGAACAACUGUCAGGAAUUCCGAGAAAUGCUCACAGCUCAAGAGAAGACGACAACCAGGUCACACCAUAAUAUCUCAACUGAUGACUCGUUCCACAGUCCUCAGCCAGAGAUAAUCGAAUCUCUGGCAGGAGUUGUGGACCUCCAGCUUCAAGAAGCUAAGGAAGAGUUGGUUAAAAAGGAUGAUUUCAUUAAAGACCUCGAAUCUGCUUUAGAACAUGAACACAAAGAAGUUCUGCGACUGAGCAGAGAAGCUGCACAACUUCAAGACAGUCUAAAUGAAGCUAACAAGCAGGUGAUGGUUUUGCAGGAAGACAUUAACGAAAAAGAAACAGCUGUGUUAACUAUGAGCUCUAACUAUACCAACGAACGCAACCUAAAUGAAGCACUCAAGGCAAAAUUAGUUGAAAUGGAAUUUGAGGCUAAUAAGAAUGCUGAAAACAUUUUUCAAACCAAGGAUGUAAUCCUCAAGUUGGAAAAAGAGCUUGCUUGUGUGAAAACGGCACUUACACAAGUAGAAAAGGAUAAAAGUAAAGCUGUUCAGCAGUGGAAAGAAGAAACUAGAAAACUAGGAAAUGAUUUAGCCAAGGUGUUCAAAGAGAAAAAGGAUCUUCAAAAUUCUCUGGACGAAAAACAGGCUGAACUUGGUGCUUUAAGAUUGGUGUGCGAAAGUGAAAAUAGUCGCAAUCAGUGCUUAGAAAGGAAUCUCACACGAGUUGAAUUUUCUCUGAAUCAGAAGUCCAUUGAAAUUGCUGAAAGCAAAGAUAUUAUUAGAAGGUUAGAAGAAACAAGGUCUGAAGCUCAGCAUACUAUUUCGUUGUUGGAAGAAGAAAGAAAACAAAAACAAAUUCUAUGGAUGGAAGAUCGUAAGAAACUUCAGAGCGAUUGUGAUGAAUUACUAAAACAAAAUGAAGCUCUACGCCAAGAGACUAAAGAAAGUGGAGUUCGUCUAUUUGACGUAAAUCUAAAUCUUGAAAAAGAACUUUGUCAUAGCAAAAACCUCAGUAACAAGAUUGCUGAAUAUGACUCCCUCCUGUCUGAAAAGAUGAAAUUACUAUCAGACAAUAAUGGUGCUCUUUUGAGACUAGAAGAAGAAUUGAGCCAUCUGAAAACGGAAAAUGUGCAGUUGAAAGAGACUUUACAAGAGAUGGAAACUCAGCGGAUCGAAGAAAUCCUUAAACUUGAAGACCUAAAUAGGAAGCUGUCUGAAGACAAUUGUACCUUGUCUCUGGACAUUCAAGGGAAAGAAGUAGAGCUUUUGAAUUUUAAAUCAAAGUAUGAAGAAGAGUCAUGCAAAAAUGAGCAACUUGAAAAAAGACAGAUUAACCUGGAGCGGUCCCUCUCUGAUUUGUCAAAGAUGAUCACUGUAAGUGAUGAAACUUGCAGAAAUGAACAUGAAAAACUAAUUGCAUUGCAAUCCGCUUUUUCAACUUUAGAGGAUGAGAAGAAGAGAGAGGAAAACCAGCUGAAAGAAGAAAUCACGAAACUUCAAUCGGAUGUAGCAAAAUUAGCAGAAAAAUGUAAUACCCUUCAGGGACACCUUGACUCCAAGUCCAAAGAAUUAUGCAACUUCCGUCAUGAUUACGAAAAAGAACUUGGUCGAAAUCAAGCUCUCCGUGAAGACUUCCUUAAAGCAGAAUUUCUGUUUGACAAUAACCUUUCCGAGAAAGAAGACAUCAUCUCUAAGCUAGACGAAGAGUUUAAAAAAUUAAAGUCGGCUCAAUCUGAGGCCAAAAUGGAUUUUCUUGCAAGAGAAGCUCAAUUCAUGGGCGAAAUAGCAUCCCUUAAACUCGAUUUUAAGGAAGUUACGGAACUGAUCAACACUUUACAAUCAAGACUCCAGAACUUACAAGAUAAGCUCUUGUCCAUUGAAUCAGUCCAAGAAUAUGAACGGGAACAAAAUCAAUGUCUCAGCAAAAAAGUAAUAGAGUUAGAAUUCUCUCUCUCAGAAAAAGGGAAAGCUAUCCGUGAUAAUAAAGAUAUGCAAAGCAAACUUUGUCAAAAAAUUACAGAUUCAAUUGCAAACUGUUCAAAGCUUGAAGAACAGAAGAGUGAAUUGGAAAAUCUAGUCCUGAGGCUUCAAACUAGUAUAGGUGAAGCGGGUGAGCAAACCACCUUGCUACAAGAAGGAAUCCGAAAAAAACAAAAUGAAGUUUUAGCCAUUCAAUUAGAUCUUGCAAAUGAGCGUUGUGUAAACAAAGAACUUCAUGAGAAAUUGACUUGCUUUGAAAUUUCCCUCUCUGAAAUGUCGCAAAUGAUGACUGUUACAAAAAAAGCCCUUGCCGAAGCCACACAAGAAUUGACCAGUCAAAAGUCAAUGCUUUUAAGUUUAGAACAAGAAAAGUCGCAGCUUACUAUUAGUUUAGAAGAGAGGAGUAAGUUGGAGGAAACUUUGAAGCAAGAGCUUGAAGCCAAAACUUCACAGCUUGUCACCACCAUUUCUAAGUGUGAUUAUGAAUGUAAGCAGAAGCAACAUCUGAGUGCGAACUUACACGAACUUGAGUUCUCUCUGGGAGAAACCUUCAAAGAUCUCAAUGACAGCAAAAAAAUGAUUCAGAAGUUAAAUAAUGAGUUGAACAAUUUAAGAAGCACCUAUUCUAGAGCAGAAGAAAAUGAAAAAAUGAAAUUACUUCAAUGGAAUGAAGAGACCGCUCAAAUACGCUGUGAAUUGGACAAUACCUUACAGCUUGUUGAUACCUUAAAACGAGACGUUGAAGAAAAACGUGCGGAGAUUUUGACAAUGAAGUUGAAUCAAGAAAAUGAGCAAAACAGAAGUCAGCAGCUCAAUAAAAAAAUAGUUGAACUAGAAAAGUGUCUAAGUGAAAAGACAAAAGAACUCAAAAUGAGUUCAGAAACAGCAAAGAAUCUUGAAGAAGAUAUGAAGUCCUUGAAGUCAAAAUUCGUGGAGUUUGCGGAAAACAACAACCAGGUUGUUACCAACAUGAAAGGAGAGUUCCACCAAAUGGAGAACUCCUUUAAAGAUCUCACCAAAGAAAACAAUGACUUGAAAACUGAACUGAGCAAAAGGUCAACAGAUAUUCAGGCUAUAAAUAGAAUAAAUGAUUUAAGGACAGCCGAAAAUUCAAAGACUUUGGAUGAGCUCGAAGGUGUUAUGGAAAGAAUCAGGGAAUUGGAAAAUGAGAAUACUGAAUUGAAGGAAGCCUACAGCAAAUUAUUAGAUGAUCUUGAAAGACAACGGACUGAACUGACAGAUACAAAUGAAGUUCUAUCAAAGCAAGUGGAGGAGUAUAGGGAUGCGAGCCAAAAGUACGAAUUAAAAUGGAAAGAGCGUAUGAAACAGGUCAAGGAAGACUAUGAAGGUCAACUCAUCAAAAUUAAACAGUACAUGAGUAAGCACUAUCAUGACAAAAUGGAUGAGCAAGAAAAGGAAACAAAUGAGAAAUUGACAAUGUACAAAGAAAAAAUUUCCAAAGAUCAAGAGUGUAUCAAGGACUUGAGUUCACAGAUUUGGCACUUGAGUGAAAAAUAUUUACAAGCUCAACAAGAAAUGAAAAAUAUGCAUUCCACCAACAGGAGGGCAACCAUCAGCCGCUUAAAUCUUGUCAAGUCUCCGGAUGGACAACUUUUACGAUCGGUGUCUGUUGAUCAUUUAAGAGGAGGAUGGGAAAAAGAACAAGAAAAGUUAAUCGGCAAAAAUGACAUGAAUGAUACUGUUGAUGAAUUGAACUACACUAGACGUAGGAAGCUGGUUCCUUCUGGCAUUGGUAAAAAACUAAGCUUGCAGUCGGGUAAAGUUUUCCCAAGUGAAGAAGAUGAAGAUGGAGAGUUUUUUGAUGCAGCUUGUCUAGCCGAUCUGAAAGAAGGACGAGUUCGACUCUCUCCAGACCGAGAUAUACGACGUACGUCUAGUCGAUUAAGUAUCUUACAAGCGAGAAACUCAUUAUGCCCACCUCAUCUGAAAUCAUCUUACCCCGCUGAAACGCAAUUUCUUCAUCCGUCUCAAAUCAAAGAGGAUGACAUAAAGGUACUCACUGAUAAUUCAAAGUUGGGAUUAGGAGAAAAUUAUUCAGACACGGCCAGCACAACUUCAAACUCGGAUAGGAAGAAGAAAGAUGCAGGCCAGACACUGUACAAAAAACCUGGACCUCCCACUCCCAGUAAACAUGGUGGCCGAUUAUCACAUGGCGGAGGACCUGUCUUAAAAUCACCUACAGAGAACAAAGAAAACACCAAUAAUCGCACAAAACACCCAUCUACACCUAGCAAGAUUAUGGAUUUCUUCAGAAACAAAAUGCGACGAGAAGAGAGGUUGCAGCCCAUAGCAUUUACAAUCUCUCCUGGAGCAAAUGCUCCCACAAACCGCGGUCGAAGGUCAGGAUUCUUCACCAAAAAAUCAGAAAGAGUAUAAAUGUUCAAUUAAUUCUAAUAAAACAAAUUUUUAACUUUAAACUAUUAA